GGGAGGGCAGGGAUGGAGGGAGGGGAGGGAGGGGAAGCCCGGGCUCGGCUGAAGCCGCCUACCCAGGCGGCCUGGGCCCCAGCUGAGUUUCCCAAGGCGGCUUUCCGAUUCCGUGAACUUUCUACCAAGCCUCCUCCCUCGGAUUCCGGGUGCGGAUGAAAGAAGGGCCCUCAGGGACCCCGGCCCGGCAGGCACCGAAGACGCUGGCCCGGGAUGCGGGAGGCCGAGCAGCGCCCGGGAGGGCGGAGCCGGGCCAGCGUCUGCUGGGGAUCCCGGGAGCCAGCAGGGAGCGGCGGCCGCAGAGGCUCGGGCGUCCUUGGAACCGCGUGAAUUCCGCCCCCACCUGCUGAAUGCAGAGCUGGACCCUCGGUCUGAAGGAGAAGCCGGAGCAACCCUGCCAACCCCCAGCCUGGGCCCCCGGGACGCAUGGCUCGCCCCCGCUUUGGUGGCCCAGACAGUGGGUGUCACUUGGGGUCCUCUCCCUCCUGGAGAACACAGGGCCUCCCAGGUAAUCCCAGCAGCCGCUGAGGCUGAGGACCGAGGCCUGCUGGAGGCUCAUGGAGACCUCCUUCCUGCAGGCUCCCUGCCUGACAACCCCAGCCCGGGACCGCCUUCCCCUCCAGCUGGGCCACCGGGAGAACGGGCUUCUGCAACCUCAGAUGCUGCAGACCCAGGUGCAGAGCUGGCUCCCUGAUCGGUCCCAGACUGGGGCCAGGGCUUAAGUUUCCCCAGAAGAAGUGCCAGGACCUUUAAAGGGCCCCUCCCUCCUGCCUCCCUCAACAUAUCAAAAGGAAGCACCCCGCAGGCAUGGGUGGCAGGGGCACCGAAGGUCUGCAGGGACCCUUCCAGGACCUGCUGGCAGCUGCUCCGGUGCCAGCCUUGUCCCCUUCCUUUCUCGAGUUUUGAUCAUCUUUGCAGACCCUGGGGGACCUCGGCUGGGUUCUCAGAUCCCUAAGCUCCCAAAGGUGCCCUCCUGUGGCUCUCAGGAAGCCGUGGCACUUGGGGGCCCCGGGAGAGGCUGGUGCCAUGGGACCACGUGGCCAGAAGCCCCACCUUCAGGACUGUGGCCUCUGAUGCAGCUUCCUGGGCACUGGCUUGGCUCCCUGCACAUAGCCUGAUGGGCGCCCUUCAGUCCUGCCUGUGCCAGCUGCCCAAGAUGGGUGACACCUGGGCCCAGCUUCCCUGGCCCGGGCCCUGCCGCCCUGCCGUGCUGCUGCUCUCCCUCCUUCUGGCAGCUGGGGUGACGCCCUCGGACGCGGGUGCUAGCUGCCCAGUCCUGUGCACCUGCCAUAACCAGGUGGUGGACUGCAGUAGCCAGCGGCUGUUCUCCGUGCCCCCCGACCUGCCGAUGGACACCCGCAACCUCAGCCUGGCACACAACCGCAUCACCACCGUGCCACCCGGCUACCUCACCUGCUACAUGGAGCUCCACGUGCUGGAUUUGCGCAACAACUCCCUGGUGGAGCUGCCCCCGGGCCUCUUCCUCCACGCCAAGCGCCUGGCACACCUGGAUCUCAGCUACAACAACCUGAGCCACGUGCCGGCCGACAUGUUCCAGGCGGCCCACGGGCUGGUGCGCAUCGACCUGAGCCACAACCCCUGGCUGCGCAGGGUGCACCCCCAGGCCUUCCAGGGCCUCGUGCAGCUCCAGGACCUCGACCUCAGCUAUGGGGGCCUGGCUUUCCUCAGCCUCGAGGCGCUGGAGGGCCUGCCAGGCCUGGUGACCCUGCAGAUCGGGGGCAACCCCUGGGUGUGCGGCUGCUCCAUGGAGCCGCUGCUCAAGUGGCUUCGGAACAGAAUCCAGCGCUGCACGGCGGACUCCCAGCUGGCCGAGUGCCGGGGUCCCCCGGAAGUCGAGGGCGCCCCCCUCUUCUCGCUCACGGAGGAGAGCUUCAAGGCCUGCCACCUGACGCUGACGCUGGACGAUUACCUCUUCAUCGCCUUCGUGGGCUUCGUAGUCUCCAUCGCGUCUGUGGCCACCAACUUCCUGCUGGGCAUCACGGCCAACUGCUGCCACCGCUGGAGCAAGGCCAGCGAGGAGGAAGAGAUCUGACGGAGGUGCUCGGCACCCCGCCCUGCUGCCCGCUCGGGUUCCAGGGGGCCAAGCAAGGUCAGGACACUGAUGUAGUGUGAGCACCUACCCGCUGUGCCGGGCGCUGUACUAGGACCUGGGAACCUAAGACGAAUCCACGCUGUCCCUGCCCAGCACGACUUCCAGUAAGAGAGCGACUUGAAAUUGUCCCUUUGUGCCCACACACAGGACUCUGGGCAGAGCUACGGCCACCCAGGGCGGGGGCCUCACCUGGGCCUCACAGAAUCCGAGAAGGACAAGCAUGCAGUGACGUGUGGGCUGGGCCAUCCGAUACGCGAAUGGCCAGAGCCAGGAGGGGGUGGCACGGGACCCUAACUGCCCUCCAGUGUCUGCCGUCACCCUAGUGGCUGCCAGCGCUGCCUCGGGGGUGUAAGACCUCUGCGACAGCCUCCUCCUAGCAGCCACUACCGGGCGGUACCGCCUCCUGGGCAGCGCCCGGCCUCCCAGCCCUGGCUCUGCGGCUCCCUCAGCCUUGGGGUCUCCCCAGGAACUGCACUGGGGCUCACGGACCCACAGCACAACAGCUCCCGGGGCUGGAGCAGGAUGAAGCUGCCACAGCCAUGGCCUCAGCCGGGUUCUCUUCUUCUUCAAAGCAGCUCAUGCUCCCUACAUAAAGGUGGGAGAGCUCCUGUUCCUGAGCUCUUGCGGGUGUCAGCACUGCGGCGCUUUUUCUCUGGACAGCCCCCUCUCACACCGGCUCUUCAGAGGGGAACGCCGCUGCUCCUGCUUCACAGAUGAGGGGGUCAGGCUCAGAGGCUAAGCUCACUGCUACUUCAGAAUCAGAUGAAGUCUGAUCCUUUGCUGGGGAGCGUCGCAGUCCCUCUAAAGCUACAUAAAUUCAAACUUUGGGCAGUUUGCAGCUGUUGACUCAAUUCUGUGGAUUCUUACAACACUGCAGGGUUUCCAUGACCCCCACUUCCCAGACGACGCAGUGGUAGGGAGCCGAGUACCGUACCCCACCUCGUCUGUGUGACCCCUCGCAGAAGGACGUAGGCAUCCCCAUGCAGGGAAACUGCAUCGAAUCUGUCAGUCAACAAGCCAAGCGACAGAGUGCAAAGCACAAUUACUGUCAUCAUAGUUGUUGUCUUCAGGGCCAUCAUCGCUGUCCCUGUGCUGCUCAGCACUGGACAGGUCAGGAAGGGCUUUCGCACCCCUCUCCCUGGCUUUUCUCCACUUCUGUGGGAGGCAGACAGAACAACAGCGACCUUCACGUGGAGUCUGCCUCGCCUCGCGGGCAAGGUUGGGCUCAGCUCCGCACUGUGCUCUCGGUUGAGCAGGGAGGCCCUAGGUUUCAGCAGUCAUGAAUCCGCCAACCAAUGACGGCAAAGUGCUAUGCACAGAUUGAGAGGAGCUCAUGGUGGGACAAACUGGACUUUAUGAGGUGUGAUCAAGCCAUGUGGUCAGUGUUCAACCUUUUAAUUUAUUAUAGUAAAACACAUGUGACCAUGAAUCCCCCUCCAGAUACUCCACUUUGCUUCACACACACUUGUCCCAUCGUCCUUGCCACCUUCUGUAGCACCUCUGGAAGUCCUCUUUCGUCAGUGUCUCUGGUUAUGCUGUCAUAGAUACUAUGCCCAAUACUAUGGCCAAGGAUGGUGGACUGGAGCUGUUCUCCCCCCAUUGAGUUGGAGCCUAAAAUAUUUGGACAGGAACUUUUAGAAGUACUAGUCCAGACAAAAUAGUUAAGCUUCUGCUAGAGGAAUGCCGUGUUCACCUAUAAUACUCAACCAGGGAUUAUUGUUUUGCUGAAAUAUACUUGAUACAUUUUGACACAUGUACUUUUUUUGCAUAGAGCUAGAAGCAGACAAGAUACCAAAUGCCCUUGAGAUCAAAUGUCCUUUCUGGUGGAACAAUUUGCUCUCCACAAAAUGGCAAAGGUUUCUGAGAAGAUGUGUGCUUCUCUAGCUGCUAGUAAGUCCCUGGUCAACUAAAGCACAGUUAGGGGAAUAGUAAACCUGCCUACUGACCAGGAAUUCCUCACCACCACCACCACUACCUUCUUCACUGUCAGAACUAAGUAAGCUUCAAGCCCUCGUGGGGACCGCAGAGCCAUUUUGGUGUCUCCACGGGCCUCCCCGAGUGUGUUCCACCUGGCUGACGUGUGUGAGAUGGGGUAUCUCUGAGUCCCAGCGUGUCACUGGGGUCCCAUGUCUGUGGGUUAUCCGCUGGCUUGAGGAGGAUCUCUCUGGAAUUUAGUUGAUCUCUGACACAGUCCACUCAGCCAUCCGACGAUUGCAUGGUGUGAUAUGCAGAGAAAAGCCUACCCAGUUUGGGGUGGUCCAGCUGCUCAGGAAAUAUAAAAAGAAAACCUCUGCAGCACAGGUGUCCUCAGGAGGAGCUGACCCCUCUCUGCCUCCCUGCGUCCUCUUCUCCCCCUUCAGGACCUGUCAUUGUGGAAGCUUCCUUUGCGAUGCACCCAAGGAUAUGGGACCUUAACCAGCCAGCGGCGCUUGGUGGUCAAGGUCUGCCGAGGAAUUGCGCUUUAGAAAGAGCCCCAUCUGAGGGGCUGGGGAUUUAGCUCAGUGGCAAAAGCGCCUGCCUGGCAAG